GGAAUGAAGCUGGACCUGGCCCCCGGCUGCACGCUGGUGCUGGUGCUGAUGACCGUGGAGCCGAGCAGGACAGGAGCGGUUCCUGUGCCCUCACCCCUCGGGGCCCUCCCAGGUGCAAGGGGCUGCCACAUGGCCCAGUUCAAGUCUCUGUCCCCACAAGAGCUGCAGGCCUUCAAGAGGGCCAAGGAUGCCUUUGAAGAGUCGCUCUUGCAGAAGGACUGGAACUGCAGCUCCCGCCUCUUCCCCAGGACCCGGGACCUGAGGCAGCUGCAG